GGAAAAGAAAGAGAAAAGAGAAAGCGAACAACGGUAUAGAUCAAGAAAAGAAAUAGUUCAAGAGGCAAUUUCUGAUCUUCUUUGCAGCAGUUACAAACCUAGUUAAUACUGUUUCCACCCCCCCAGAUUACAUCAUCAUGGUUCUCUUCUUCCCAGAAACAGCCCUUUUAAAUCAGUAAAUCCCAAAAUCGCCUGUUCACUUUUAUCUGCUUUCAGCAAAAACCCCCUAAAGAGUUUCCAGGCUUUUAUAAAUUUUAAUUAUUGUUUCUUCCCUAAUCAAACACGUCAGCUGAGCCAUUUCUGCAAGUUCGGCCGUAGCGCCUUCACGAUCCACUCUCCCAUUGUGGAUAUUUCUGAAUUUUUCCAUCUUGGUGCAUCGAAUAGCCUCAUGGCAGUUCCUCUGUAGAAAACCAAUCGUCCGGGAACGAAAACUGGUGCCUUUUCAUCAAAGCUGCUGGUCGGAAAAGGGGCUAUCAGAUUCCUCCUGGUUUUCGGGGAAAAGGUCUCUUUUGGGGGAGCGUAGCGUUGGAAAGGUGGAUUUUGGAACUUCGGUUCCACUUUCGCUUCAAAAUGCACGGAGAGAAGCUCGGUUUGGCUUCUAGGAAGGGAUGGUACGAAUCAGAGGGUUUAGAUUUCCUUCAUUUACAAUCUCGUUCUCUUUUUUCUUCUUCUGAGGACCCGGGCAUAGUUGAGCACAGGCCGAAAACAGACUAUGCUACUCUGGAUGUAUAUAAUCCUUUUGACAACUCGGGGCUUCCCCCGCCGUACAAGCCCUCGACCUCUGUUCCCACCGUCCCAUCCGUGCCUGCAGCUUCUGUCUCAGAGGUCCCCAAGAAGCCAAUAUCCGCAGAGCCCAGGAAUUACGGCUCGUACGGGACCCAGGAGGCCUCCACUGCAGCUACUGCUGAACUCUUGAAACGCCAGGAAGAGCUGAAUCGGAAAGCCGAGGAGCUGGACCGAAGGGAGCGAGAGUUGCAGAACGCCGUUCUUGGCGGUGGGGCAGCCAGGCAGAACAAUUGGCCGCCGCUGCCCUCCAUAUGCCCCGUGAAGCCCUGUUUUUAUCAGGAUGUUUCUGUAGAGAUUCCCGUGGAGUUUCAAAGGACAGUCAACAUCAUGUACUACCUCUGGAUGGCCAGCACUGUGACUUUAUUCUUCAAUUUCCUGGCCUGUCUGGCCUGGUUCUGCGUAGACAACUCAGGCGGUUCAGGUUUCGGUCUCUCCAUCCUCUGGGCCCUGAUUUUCACACCCUGCUCCUUCCUUUGCUGGUUUCGGCCCAUGUACAAAGCCUUCCGGAGCGACAGCUCUUUCAACUUCUUCAUCUUCUUCUUCAUCUUCUUCGCCCAGGACGUGAUGUAUGUCGUGCAGGCCAUCGGGAUCCCAGGUUCGGGCUUCAGUGGUUGGGUGCUCAGCUUCGGAGCCCUGAGGGACCACCCUGGCGUGGGCAUUUUCAUGAUUCUAGUAGCCACGUCGUUCACAGCAGUGGCCGCACUGGGCAUCUUCAUGCUGAAACGGAUCCACUCCCUCUACCGCAGCACGGGGGCCAGCUUCCAAAAAGCUCAGGCCGAAUUUGCCGCCGGCGUUUUCUCCAACCAGGCCGUCCGCACAGCGGCCGCCAACGCCGCCGCCGGGGCGGCCACCAACACGUUCCAGGGCCCCUAAAGAAGCUGUGGCGCGUGGGUUGCAAAAAUUGGUCCUCCGGCUUCUUCUCACUGGGGCACCUUCCGCUGAACCCCACCCCUGGGUGCCCCACGCUGCCCUCCCCACCUUGAACUCCUUCCUUUGCUGGUUUGAGAAGCUUCUGCUGCGCGACCUCAUCAGGGACUCGGUGCUCGCGACGGACCCCCCCGGCCGUGGGGACUCUGGCCCGCCUGGGGCUGAAGAUCCCGACCUUGGAAAGCUGCUUGAAUCUUUUCUCCCUCCAUCGGGGAGCUACGGAGGACGGAAACCCUGUUUUCCUCUCCCUGCGACUUCUCCAAUUCACGCAGCCCGGAAGGAGCAGGGGCCUUUCCUUCCCUUCCCCAUCCUGGCCCCCCCCCAGGAAAUUUGGCCUAGGUGUCUCUGCCUUUGUGUCCUCCGCCCCCCCCCCCCGUUGGCGCUGAUCUUCCCUGCGUUAAUUUAGGCUGGAUGGCUCCUUGGCCCCCUGCUGCAGCAAAGCCCCCGUCUCCUGCCAAUUUCCUGAGCCCAGCGCGACCCAUUUGUUUCUCCCAUUAAGAGGUUCACCCCCCCUCCUUUCUUUUACUUCGAUCGCUUCUGCCAGUGCUGGCCACUGGGAGAUCAGUUCAGUUUCUGCCGUUUUAUUAGCAACAGGAAUGGUUUUAUUUGGCCCGAAAGCCCGCUGUGGCCAUCUCUGGCCCCUUCUGUUUUCUGGCUGCGGGGGGUGAACCUCCAAGCCUUGGUCCUUCCCCCACCCCUCUCUUUUCCACGCAGCCCAGGCGGAGCGAAAGGGCACUUUGGCGGGCGGCUUUGCUCCUCUGAUCACCCUCGAGCCUGGGAAAUGGGGCUGCUCGAGGUGGGGGGGAGGAGGGAGGGCCGAGUGAUGCACCCCACUUUAAUUUUGCACCGUAUUGCAGCCCUGGGUGGAUUUAAGUGCUGAUUGGUUUUUCCCAAAUUCCACCUUCUGCCCCGUGUCUUUUUUGCCCUCCCUGUGGCUGGCUCCACGUUUCUCCCUCGCCAUCGCCCUUCCUUUCUUCUCCGCCUCAUUUUAUUUCCCUCACCCCCAAACCCAUCUGACUGCCCCCCUGUUUCCCCCCCCCUUGUUGGUAUCUGAAGUUUCAGACCCUCUACUGUUUUCCCAACAUUUCCCCCUCUUCUGUAAUAUCCUCCUCCCUCUCCCUGCCCAGGAUCCGUGGGGUGGCCCCGUUGUUCUCCGUGCGUCUAUCAGUGUGCGUUGAUCCCCCCCCCAGAUAUUAUUAUUGUCAUUAUGAUUUUGCUGUGCCAAAUGCAAAACGGACGGUGGAACUUUAUUUAAGGAAUAAACUACAUUUUAUCUC